AUGCCGCCCAAGUUUGUUCCACGUCUGCGAAAGCAGAAGCACCGGCAGCAAGAACCUGAUCAGUCGGUGGACACCAAUGUCGCGGAGCUAGCGCCUGUCUCCAAAGAUGAGAAAGAGGCAAAGAGGCAGAAAUUACGUGCUGAGUUACGAGACCAGCAUACCAAUGUAUCUUCCAAGAAGCAAAAGCGCUUGGAUAAAUACAUUGAAAAUAAAUUGAAGAAAGAAGAGAACCUCGAACUCAUCAAAAAACUCGCCAAGGCGAAUGCGAAUGCGGAUACUUCUGGCCUUCAGAGCUCAAGGGAAUUGGGACAGCGGAAGCGACCGGAUCGAGACAACGUCCCAGUGGUCAAGGUUGGCAAAGCUGGCAAAGCACCAGCGCAAGAUUUCUCCGGAUACGACAGCGAUGAUUCCGAUGCCGAUCUUAAGGCUUCCGAUCCUGCGACAGACCCGGCUACUGCGCCAAAGCCUCAACAACCCCUAGCACCCACCGGAAGUGGAUUGAAGCGUCCUCUUGAUCUUGGACCCGAUGGAUUCCCAAUCAUCAAGAAACGGAAGCGUUCUGCUAAAUCUGCUCCUGCGCCUGCUCCUGAACCCGCGAAAGAAGUCGAAUGGGAAGGUUUUGGCUCUGGUGAUGAGGAAUCUGAGAUGGACGAGGACGACAAGUCGGACGUUUCUGAAGGCGGUCCCGAGGAUGACUCUGAAGACGACGAUGAGUCCUCUGAAGAUUCAGACGAUGAGGACGAGGAUGAGGAUGAUGACGAAGAUGAAGAUGAAGAUGAAGACGAUGAUGAAUCAACCGAGAAGAAAAUCCGGCCUAGAGAGUCCGCGUUCAAGUCAUGGGCUAUCCAACAAAUUAAUGAGGCCGUUGGCUUCCAGCCAACUGACGGCCCAAUUAUCCACGACCAAGCACAACAAGCAUUUGCUCCUCCCAGAAAAGAGCCACGGAAUACUGUUGAUGACGAAGACCCUCUUCCUGCAGAGCUUGCAAUGACUUAUAAUAACCCUGACCGAAAGGCUUUCAGCGUCGCAGUGGAGCGCUCAGAGGAGAUUCAGACUGCACGUAUGGGCCUGCCAGUGGUCGGUGAAGAGCAGAAGAUCAUGGAGGCAAUCCACAACAAUUCGACCAUUGUCAUUUGGGGUGCUACUGGUUCCGGAAAGACAACUCAGCUUCCGCAGUUCCUCUUCGAAUCUGGCUUCGGUAACCCAGAUAGUCCCAACCCGGGCUUGAUUGGUGUUACUCAGCCUCGCCGAGUCGCCGCUGUCAGUAUGGCAAACCGUGUCGCCCAGGAACUUGGUCAAUACUCGGAUAAAGUUUCAUAUCAGAUUCGGUUUGAGUCAACCGUUUCUAAAAACACGGCCAUCAAGUUCAUGACCGAUGGUAUUCUUCUCCGUGAGAUCGCGGAUGACUUCUCUCUGCGCAAAUAUUCCGUGAUCAUUAUUGAUGAAGCGCACGAGCGCAGUGUGAACACUGAUAUCCUCAUUGGAAUGGUCAGCCGUAUUGUGGACUUGCGCAAGUCUAUGAGUGAGGAAGAUCCGACCAUUACACCAUUGAAGGUCGUCAUCAUGUCUGCCACUCUUCGAAUUUCGGACUUUACUGAGAACGCCAGCCUCUUCCGCCAAGGGCCUCCUCCCCUUGUUCAGGCCGAAGGUCGGCAAUACCCUGUCACUGUGCACUUUGCCCGUCGUACACACCGUGAUUAUGUUGAAGAGGCUUUCCGCAAAGUCUCGCGAGGUCAUCGCAAACUGCCCCCUGGUGGAAUGCUCGUGUUCUUGACUGGACAGAACGAGAUUCGCCAAUUGUCCAAGCGACUGAAGCAGGCUUUCAAGCCUACCGAGCGAUUGGAUACCACACAAGCCAAGGUGCAAUUCACAGCUAAUGAUGCGCCUUUGGAGGCAGAGGAUCUGGAGCUCGGUGGUACCGAAAUGCACGAUAACGGUUACGACGAUGACAGUGAUCUAGAGAUCACCGGCCUGGACGAUCCUGAGGAUGACGAGGGUUUUGACCUUGGUGAAGAUGCAAUGGAGUCGGGUACAAAGGUUCACGUUUUGCCACUAUACUCGCAACUUCCGACAAAAGAGCAGAUGAGGGUCUUCGAGCCGCCACCAGAUGGCUCACGUCUUAUCAUUCUCGCAACAAACGUUGCCGAGACAUCUCUCACAAUCCCUGGUAUCAAGUAUGUCUUCGACUGCGGUAGAGCCAAGGAUAAGCAAUUCGAUUUGUUCACCGGUGUCCAAAGCUUCCAGGUUGGCUGGAUCAGCAAAGCCAGUGCAAGCCAAAGAUCCGGUCGUGCUGGUCGAACAGGCCCUGGUCACUGCUAUCGUCUGUACUCUUCGGCCGUGUACGAAGCCGACUUCGCCGAAUACACUGCCCCCGAGAUUCUGCGCACUCCUAUCGAAGGAGUCGUUCUCCAGAUGAAGAGCAUGGGUCUACACAAUGUGAUUAACUUCCCAUUCCCCACACCCCCAAGCCGCCAAGGCCUCAUUAAGGCAGAGAAGCUCCUCAGAAAUCUGGGCGCCCUCACUCCAGAUGGCCAAGUCACACAAAUCGGUCGCCGUCUCGCGACAUACCCUCUCUCCCCCCGAUUCGGCAAAAUGCUUCACAUCGGCCACCAGCAUGGCUGCAUGCCAUACGUCAUCGCCUUAGUAUCUGCCCUCGCAGUCGGCGAUCUAUUCAUCUCACAAAACGAAGUCGACCCCACGGCCUUCGCCCCGAAACCUAAGCCAAAGGAUAACGACAGCGACAGCGACAGUGAUGACGACAAAAGACCAGUCUACACAAACCUAGACCGGAUAGAGGAUACAGAGCGCGAACAACGCGUCAAGAACUACAACCGCGUCCAACGCCUACUCAGCAAACACGACGACACAUCCGACGCCCUUAAGUUCCUCUCAGCUAUCUGUGCUUACGCCUACGCCUCCGACGGCGAAGCCUUCAGCGAACAAAUGUUCCUCCGCGCAAAGGCCUUCAAAGAAGCGACCCAGCUCCGCCGCCAACUAACCGAUAUCGUGCGCGCCAACAACCCAGGCCUAAUCAACGCCUACGAAGCUCGUCUCCCCGAGCCAUCCGCGAAGCAAGUCAAGGCCCUGAAACAGAUCGUCACAGCCGGUUUCAUCGAUCACGUCGCUAUCCGCGCUGAUCUAGCCCCGGUACCACCUGAGAACCCUCGAGCACCCCGUCGCGCAAUCGACGUCCCUUACCUGACACUCUUCCGCUCAAGAGAGGGUCCAAUGGAUGAUCUCGCCCAGCGCGCUGUCUUCAUUCACCCGUCUUCCAUCAUGUCGAAGCUUUCGCCUAAGGAGAUGCCUCAGUACAUCAUCUACUCGCAUCUGCAGCAGUCCUCUGCAAGUGUGCUCUCGGACCAGGCGCCGAAGAUCAGAAUGUUCCCGCUUGUUGCGCCGAGCGGACUGCAGCUUUCUGCGCUGGCGCAUGAUACCCCGCUUAUUGAUUACGGGAAGCCGAUUGGAAAGACUGAGACAUUGGAAGGUAUUCCGCAACGUAGAGCUUGCUGGGUCAUUCCCUCGUUAGUUGGAGAUGCGGGUGGCACUGGGUGGCCUCUGCCGGCAAAGAAGGUUGUGCAGAAAAAGGAUCCAAAGGAGGGAUGGGUUAUUGAGAAGUUUGUUGGUUGA